GCUGCAUUGACCUCCCCCCGGAUUCACCUCUAAUGAGCAGCCAUGAUUCGGUCUCUGCGACGCGUCCGGCAGUUUAACUGCAGCCUCCUGACUUUACAAAGAGUCAGUGUUAACUCUAAACUUCCCCUUUGCACGUCCAAGAUGGCCAGCUCUGAUUUUAGGCUCGAGCGGGACACUUUCGGUGAGCUCAAGGUCCCAGCUGACAAGUACUACGGCGCCCAGACUGUCAGAUCAACCAUGAACUUCAAAAUAGGGGGACCAUCUGAAAGAAUGCCCAUCCAAGUGAUCAAGGCCUUCGGGAUCCUGAAGAGAGCGGCCGCCGAAGUCAACAAGGACUACGGCCUCGACCCAAAGAUAGCAGAUGCAAUCAUCCAGGCUGCAGACGAGGUAUCAGCUGGUAAACUGGACGAUCAUUUCCCUCUGGUGGUGUGGCAGACUGGAUCUGGAACUCAAAGCAACAUGAACGUCAAUGAAGUGAUCAGCAACAGAGCUAUUGAGAUCCUAGGAGGCAAACUAGGCUCCAAGGAUCCUGUCCACCCUAAUGACCACGUGAACAAGAGUCAGAGCUCCAAUGACACCUUCCCCACUGCCAUGCACAUUGCUGCAGCCACAGAGGUCCACCAAGUGCUGCUGCCUGGCCUGCAAAUUCUGCAUGAUGCUCUCGCUGCCAAGGCUGAAGAGUUCAAAGACAUCAUCAAGAUCGGGCGCACACACACUCAGGAUGCUGUCCCUCUCUCUCUGGGACAGGAGUUUGGCGGUUAUGUCCAACAGGUGAAGUACAGCAUUGAGAGAGUGAAGAGUGCUAUGCCUAGGGUGUAUGAGCUGGCAGCAGGGGGCACAGCAGUAGGAACAGGACUCAACACUCGCAUCGGUUUUGCUGAGAAGGUAGCUGCCACUGUUGCCUCUCUCACAGGCCUGCCAUUUGUGACAGCACCCAACAAGUUUGAAGCUCUGGCUGCCCAUGAUGCUCUGGUGGAGCUAAGUGGAGCCCUAAAUACUGUGGCUGUCAGCAUGAUGAAGAUUGCCAAUGACAUUCGCUUCUUGGGGUCAGGACCUCGCUCUGGCUUGGGAGAGCUCAUCUUACCAGAGAAUGAACCAGGAAGCAGCAUCAUGCCUGGCAAAGUUAACCCCACUCAGUGCGAGGCCAUGACCAUGGUGGCUGCCCAGGUGAUGGGUAAUCAUGUCGCUGUCACCAUCGGAGGAAGCAAUGGACACUUUGAGCUUAAUGUCUUCAAACCCAUGAUGGUGAAGAAUGUACUGAACUCGGCUCGGCUCCUGGGCGAUGCCUCCGUCUCCUUCACCAACAACUGCGUGGUGGGCAUUGAGGCCAACACAGAGAGGAUCAACAAGCUCAUGAACGAGUCGCUCAUGUUGGUCACCGCACUCAACCCGCACAUCGGUUACGACAAAGCUGCCACCAUCGCCAAGACUGCUCACAAGAAGGGAUCCACACUGAAGGCCGUCGCCGUGGAGCUGGGCUACCUGACCGAGGAGCAGUUUGAUCAGUGGGUGAAGCCAAGCGAGAUGCUGGGGCCAAAGUGAACUCAAGAGGACACAUAAAACACCACAACACAAAAGAUACCUUUUCUAAUGUGACAAAAGAGGAUUUCCAAUUAAUAAGAGCCAGGCUGUAAUAACAUACUGUGGAAGCCCUACCAGCUAUGCAACUAUACAAUUUAUUUUACUCAGUUUUCCUGUGCUGAGUAAUUUACACCUAUUCUCUCAAGAUCUGGAUGUAUUUAUGCCCUGAUCUUAAAACAACAAGGUUUUUUUUAGAAAACCUAAGUUUCUCAAUAAAAAAGGUCUUGUCUCAUAAAGAAGUCAAAAUGUGGAGGAAAAAACCUAUGAUGAAAUCUGAGUAAAAUAAAAUACAUAGAUGCAUGUCCUCUUAGGGCUUCCAUACAAAAAAGUAGGAACAUCUCUUUCUCUCAAUAAAAAAUUUGAGAACUC